CAAUGUCAGUUUCAAAUACCAAUCCGAAACCCAAUUCAAAAUCCUUCUCUUUUGUGCGAAAGUAAAAGAAAAGAAAAUUUAUCUGAAUCUGCAUUUCUGCGACUCCUCCUGAGACGAAAAUUAAGGAAAACACUUUGUGAUCGGAAAAAGAUGGCGUUGAAUAUCACUCACCAGAUCGCGACUUUAGCUGGAUCAACUGUUCCGGGAGAGUCGGGAUCAGGUUCGUCGGCAUCGGCAGUGUGGAAGUCGCCGGCGACGAGUCAAAGAUGCAGGAUUCAGAUGUCAGAGUCCACCGACGGCGGAUUAUCGCCUCCUCGGAGUCCGUGCAGGUCCAGGCAGUUGAGUCCUUGUCGGACUCCGCCGAGUCCUUGCAGGUCGCCGGUGUAUGGUGGAAUGAGGGCGGAUCUGUCGGUGGCGUGUCAGGCGUUUGCGACGGAUUUAGAGCUGGCUCCGCCGGCCGUGGUGGAGGGGGAUUUUUCCUCUGUGAAUGAAUACAAAGAACUGCGUGGUGCGCAUGAUAAGGGGAAGGGGGUGCCGGUUUACGUGAUGAUGCCGCUAGACAGCGUCACGAUGAACCACACGGUGAAUCGGAAGAAGGCGAUUAAUGCGAGUCUUCAGGCGUUGAAGAGUGCCGGUGUGGAGGGAAUCAUGAUGGACGUGUGGUGGGGCCUGGUCGAGGGCGACUCACCCGGCUCGUACAACUGGGGCGGGUACAACGAGUUAAUCGAGAUGGCCAAGAAGCAUGGGCUCAAGGUUCAGGCCGUUAUGUCUUUCCAUCGGUGUGGUGGAAACGUUGGUGACUCUUGCAAUAUUCCUUUACCCAAGUGGGUGGUGGAGGAGAUUGACAAGGACCAGGACCUUGCUUACACUGAUCAAUGGGGAAAGAGGAACUAUGAGUACGUUUCGCUUGGCUGUGAUACCAUCCCAGUUCUUAAGGGCCGCACUCCUGUUCAGUGUUACGCUGAUUUCAUGCGUUCAUUUAGGGACAACUUCAAACACCUUCUCGGUGACACCAUUGUGGAAAUCCAAGUGGGAAUGGGUCCAGCUGGUGAACUUCGUUACCCUUCAUACCCAGAGGAGAAUGGAACUUGGAAAUUCCCUGGAAUUGGAGCUUUCCAGUGUUUUGACAAGUACAUGAUCAGCAGUUUGAAAGCUGCAGCGGAAGCAAAUGGUAAGCCGGAAUGGGGUAGCACAGGUCCCACUGAUGCUGGUCACUACAAUAACUGGCCUGAAGAUGCCCCCUUUUUCAAAAAGGAGGGUGGAGGUUGGAACGGUACUUAUGGUGAAUUCUUCCUCAGUUGGUAUUCACAGUUGCUGAUCGACCAUGGUGAGAGAAUCGUCACCGCAGCCAAGUCUGUUUUUGAGGACACCGGUGUGAAGAUCUCGGUGAAGAUUGCUGGAAUUCACUGGCACUACGGUUCCAGAUCCCACGCCCCUGAGCUCACGGCAGGCUACUACAACACCCGUUUUAGAGAUGGUUACCUCCCCAUUGCGCAGAUGUUAGCUCGACACGGCGCCAUAUUCAACUUCACCUGCAUUGAGAUGAGGGAUCACGAGCAGCCUCAAGACGCCCUUUGCGCACCAGAGAAGCUGGUGAGGCAAGUUGCCCUGGCCACACAGAAGGCCCGGGUUCCUCUCGCUGGCGAAAAUGCACUGCCCCGCUAUGACGAUUACGCUCACGAGCAGAUCUUACAGGCAGCGUCCUUCAACUUCGAAGGUAGCAAUGGAGAAGGAGAGAUGUGCGCGUUCACUUACUUGAGGAUGAAUCCGCAUUUGUUUCAGGCGGAUAACUGGAGAAGUUUUGUGUCUUUCGUGAAGAAGAUGAAGGAAGGAAAAGGUUCCAACAAGUGUUGGGAGCAAGUGGAAAGAGAAGCAGAGCAUUUUGUACAUGUUACUCUGCCUUUGGUGCAAGAAGCUGCUGUUGCUCAUCUGCACUGAAGAGAAUACAUUAACCUAUGCAUUUUAGGACCAAGGCUUGUUGUUACACACGAACAAGGACGACUUGUAUUGGCAAUAAUUGUACCGAAAAGUUUACUGGUUUUCUUUCCACGGUCCUUUUUCGUAUGCUGUGGAUUGAAAUGGGUUUUGGAUCAUCUGUAAUAUUAAACUCCUAAACCCUAUGAAUUCUGAUGUAUACCGUAAUCAAUAAUGAAAAUUUUAUAGCUUCUUUA